AUGACAUUUUCUACAGUAUUUAUCAAUACACCACCUCCAUAUUUGUCACUAGCAUCUGAUGAAGUCUUGCCAGUUGUUAUGACAAUUGCAGGUUCUGAUUCAAGUGGUGGUGCUGGUGUUGAAGCUGAUAUUAAAACAAUUUCUGCUCAUAGAUGUUAUGCGAUGAGUUGUAUCACUGCUUUAACAAUUCAAACACCAGCAAAUGUUUAUGGUGUCCAUACAACUCCAAAGGAUGUAGUCUCUCAAAUUCUAGAUGUCAAUUUAAAUGAUAUGAAAUGUAAUGUUAUUAAAACCGGUAUGCUAACUGAGGACGCCAUUCAAGCUUUAUCAAAAAAAUUAAAGGAAUUAGGUGCCAACAGACCAAAAUUAGUUGUUGAUCCUGUUUUAGUUGCAACUUCUGGUGCUCCUUUGGCUGAUGAAAAAUUGGUUAAAUUGAUGAAGGAAGAAUUAACCCAUUUGGCUGAUUUAUUAACACCAAAUAUUCCAGAAUGUUAUAAAUUAAUUGGACAUAAAGUUGAAUUGAAAAGUCUACAAGAUAUUUUAGAUUUGGCAAAGGAAGUUAGUGAAUCCACUAACUGUCCAAAUAUUUUAGUUAAAGGUGGUCAUGCUCCAUGGAACAAUGAAUCUUCUUCGUUUAUUACUGAUGUCUUGUAUUUGGCAAAUGAACAAAAAUUUAUCGUGUAUAAGGGCCAUUAUAUUAAAACUAAUAAUACUCAUGGUACUGGUUGUACAUUGGCAUCUGCGAUUGCAUCAAACUUAGCACGUGAUUAUUCUCUACCUCAAUCUAUUUAUGGUGCAGUUGAAUAUGUUCAAAAUGCUGUAACUAUUGGCUGUACUGUCACUAAAAAACAUGUCACUUCAAAUGGUCCAAUAAAUCAUUUAUAUGCUGUUGAAAUUCCAUUGGAAAAAAUGGUAUGUGAUGAAUGUUUCGAUGCCCAUGAAGUUGUUAAUCAUAUUCCAAAUGAGCCUUCUCCAGUAGCAAACGACUUCUUUACAUAUUUGAUUACGCAUCCAGCUGUCGCUCCCCAUUGGAAUUCUUAUGUUAACCAUGAUUUUGUUAAACAAGUUGCCCAAGGUACUAUUGCUCCAAAGAAAUUUCAAUUCUUCAUUGAACAAGAUUACUCUUAUUUGGUAGAUUACGGUAAGGUUUACUGUAUUGCCGCCAGUAAGGCUCCUAACUUAGAUGAAGUUGAAAAGGCCUUAGCUAUUGUUGGUAAUAUCAGAAGAGAAAUGGGUGAACAUGAAAACAGAUUAAAAGAAGUAUUUGGAGUUAAAGACAAUUCCUACUUUGAAAAUAUUCAAAAGGGUCCUGCUUUGAAAAAUUAUUCAAGAUACUUCUCUGAUGUUGCAAAAAGAGGUAACUGGCAAGAUUUGGUUACAUCUUUAUCACCAUGUUUAAUGGGUUAUGGACAAGCUCUAAUUAAUCAUAAAGAUUAUGUAGUAAAAAAUGAAGGUAAUGUUUAUUACGAAUGGUGUCAAGUUUACAGUUCUACUUGGUACCAUGAAGGUAUGGAAAAGGGUAAACAAUUGUUGAAUCAAAUAGCUUCUACCUAUCCAAAGGAAAACAUUGAAGUUUUAGUUAACAUUUAUGCGCAGGUCUGUGAACUUGAAACUAAGUUCUGGGAUGCUGCUUUAGAGUUUGAAGGUUAA